AUGUCGGUCUUAAAAACUAUGAAAGCUGUGGUUUUCAACGGCCCUUUCGAUGUUUCAGUCGAGGAGAGGCCUCUCCCUCAAAUCCGAGAUCCUCGGGAUGUCAUUAUCAAAGUCAACAUGACUGCUCUGUGCGGAUCCAGUGAGUUGCACCUCUUCCGAGGAGUUGAGCCAACGGAGCCCAACUUUAUCAUGGGUCAUGAAUUUACAGGCACUGUGGUUGAGCUAGGCUCAGCCGUAAAAUCGGUAAAGAUUGGCGAUAAGGUAGUCUCGCCUUUUACUGCUUCUUGUGGUGAAUGCUAUUACUGCGAGAACGGCGGGUCAGCCAGAUGCGCCAACAGUCAAGCUCUCGGCUCGCCAAAUCUUGACGGUGCUCAAGCCGAGUAUGUUCGGGUCCCCUUCGCCGAUGGGACUGUCGUGAAAGCCCCUGCGGGUAUACACGAUCAAGCACUGAUCCUUAUGGCUGAUAUCUUCCCAACUGGCUAUUUUGGCGUCAAGAGCGGUGUUGAGAUGAUGCCAAACCUUGAUGUCCAUGACUCAACAAUUGUCGUGAUAGGAUGCGGUCCAGUUGGAUUGUGUGCUGUUGUUGCUGCUGCUGCACUCAAACCCAAGCAUCUGUUUGCUGUAGACAGUGUCCCAUCAAGACUUGAACAAGCCGCAAAUUUGGGAGCCGAGCCUCUAAACUUUAUGGAUGAUAAGCCUGGAAUGCAAGAUCGCAUCAAGUCGGCUACUGAUAGUCGAGGUGCCGAUAUUGUGGUGGAAGUCGUUGGUCUUUCGCCAGCACUUCGUACCGCCUUCGAUUUAGUCCGUUCCUUUGGCGCUAUUAGUAGUAUUGGUGUUCAUAAUGCCGAGAUUCCUUGGUCUGGAAAUGAUGGCUAUAAUAAGAACGUCCGACUCCAGAUGGGACGAUGCCCUGUGAGAAGCAUUUUCGAGGAAGCAAUGAAUGUUCUGAAAGGAGAGCAAGAUUCUCUUGGUUUCCUAUUUGAUAAUAUCAUGCCUCUAUCUGAUGCGGUUCGGGGCUAUGACCUUUUCAACCAGUCAAAGGUUCAGAAAGUCGUCUUUAAAAUUUGA